AUGUCUGUGCAACCAUUGAACGACCUCUGGGAGGCUGCUGCUGGCCAGCCUUAUGAGCCCACCAUUGGCAAGAACUCACACUUCACCGUCGGCAUCACUCUGCUGUUUACUGCUCUUAUUCUGUCUGGCUACUUUGGCCUGAACCCCUCGCUCAAGAACCUUCCCCUGAUCGGCCUUCCUGCUUCGCUGGCUGCUNNGGGUACUGCUUUGUUUAUAUCUACACUGUACGAGCUCUCGCUAACACUCUCCAGUUUCGGAGCCGUCUACAUGAUCUGCGCUGUCGGCGUCUACGUCUAA